CGCAGACAAUUUGCGGCCAAGGCGGGGCGGUAACUCCUGUCCUGAGACCUGCCUGGUCCUGGAUUCUACACGGAGUCUUGCAGCUGGCUCUGUAGCAGGCAAGAGGUCACCAAAUUCUGCGUUCCGGUCUUCAGCCCAGUUUCUAGUGGAGCAGAGCGAGACGGUGGUGGCGAACCGGGCCCACCAUGGCCGCGAACUAUUCCAGCACCGGCAGCAGGAGAGAACAUGUCAAAGUGACAUCUGACCCCCAACCAGGCUUCCUAGAGCGGCUGAGUGAGACUUCAGGCGGGAUGUUCGUGGGGCUUAUGACCUUCUUACUCUCCUUCUACUUAAUUUUCACCAAUGAGGGCCGCGCACUGAAGACAGCCACCUUGCUUGCAGAGGGGCUGUCGCUCGUGGUGUCCCCUGACACCAUCCACAGCAUAGCUCCAGAGAAUGAAGGGAGGCUGGUGCACAUCAUCGGCACCCUGCGGACUUCCAAGCUCUUGUCUGACCCAAAUUAUGGGGUCCAUCUACCAGCUGUGAAACUGCGGCGGCAUGUAGAGAUGUACCAGUGGAUAGAGACAGAAGAGUCCAGUGAAUACACGGAAGACGGACAGGUGAAGAAGGAGACCAAGUACUCCUACAACACAGAGUGGAGAUCAGAAAUUGUCAACAGCAGAAACUUUGACCGAGAGAUUGGCCACAAAAACCCCAGUGCCAUGGCAGUGGAGUCUUUCACAGCAACUGCCCCCUUUGUCCAAAUCGGCAGGUUUUUCCUCUCAGCAGGCCUCAUUGAAAAAAUUGACAACUUCAAGCCACUGAGCCUGUCCAAGCUGGAGGACCCCCAUGUGGACAUCAUUCGCCGAGGAGACUUUUUCUACCACAGUGAAAACCCUAAGUACCCGGAGGUUGGUGAUGUUCGUGUCUCCUUUUCUUACGCGGGACUGAGCAGCGAUGACCCUGACCUGGGCCCAGCUCAUGUGGUUACUGUGAUUGCCCGGCAGCGUGGUGACCAGCUAAUCCCAUAUUCUACCAAGUCUGGGGACACCUUACUGCUCCUACACCAUGGAGACUUCUCAGCUGAGGAGGUGUUUCGUAGAGAACAGAAGAGCAAUUCCAUGAAGACAUGGGGCCUGAGGGCAGCUGGAUGGAUGGCCAUGUUUAUGGGCCUCAACCUCAUGACACGGAUCCUGUACACCCUGGUGGACUGGUUUCCUGUCUUCCGAGACCUCGUCAACAUUGGCCUGAAAGCCUUUGCCUUCUGUGUGGCCACCUCACUGACCCUGUUGACUGUGGCUGCUGGCUGGCUCUUCUACCGACCACUGUGGGCUGCUCUAAUCGGCUGCCUGGCUCUGGUACCCAUUAUCAUUGCACGGACCCGGGUGUCAGCCAAAAAGCUGGAAUGAGAGGCCAGGUCCCCAUCACCUCUGCCCGGCUCCUCCUGGAACAGGCAUCUGCACACCCCAUUCUUCAAGGGGCCAGUGUCCACACCUGCAUGUAGGGUUUGCUGUUCACAAGCUCACAUCUCCACUCCACUUCUUGCCAAAUGCAGCUUUGGUGGGCAGAAACAGCCUGAGAAUGGCAGCCCCGCAAGUAUUGUCCUGCUUAAUGCCUUCUCUCAGCUAUAGCUGACCUGCUGGUGAAGGGCUCAGCCUUCUUCUCACUGCCCAUCCCUCAUGCUAAAACCAAGUGCCAGGACUGCUGCAACCACCAGCUACAACGGAAACCCCAGAAAACAGCCAUUACCCACUUCUACUGGCCAUGGCUCACCAGUAGGACACACCAUACCCAGGCUUGGAGAAGGAGAUACAUCCGAAACCAAAUCUCUGAGUAGAAGCUGAUUUGGCCUGAAGAAACACUGAAGAGCUUAUUCAAAGGUCACUGUCACUGCGGCUGGACAGAGUGCUUCGGUAUAAGCCCUCAGGCCUCUGGUUCCGUUACUCCACUUUUUCACGAGACUCAAAACCUUGUGAAUGGCUCACUUGACAGUGGCUGUCACUGAGAUUAGCUCAGCAGGAAUGGUGUUUCAAUGGGUAUGGCUUUACUGGUUUUAGUUCCUGAGGCCAUGAGGAAGCUUUAGCUUUGCGGUGCUUUUGAACCAGUGUUAAUGGAUUCACUUUGAUGCUGGGUUGGUUGGUACUGUGGAGGAAGCACCCCUUUUAUCCUCUGCCAUCACAGACCACCUCUUCACUUGAAGGUGAUUCUGAUUUUGUAGUCAGUGUUACAGGAAAAAGCUAGCUUUUCUAAGAGGGCCCAUUCACAGUGAUCUCUAGUCAACUGAAAUCAAGAAUCAGGACUGAGGCUUGCUGUAGGAGGCCUACAUCCGGCUGGUACAACCCUUUUCUGUGGGAAUGCUUUUGACUUUGACACUCCAGCCUCAAGUAGUUGCUGCAGAGUGGUUCUUUUUGCAUUUAAUGCCCAUCAUUUUCCUCACCCCAAAUAAAAUUCACCCAUACUAAUGGACAUUAUUUCUAAGUUUCCCUUGCUACUGUUACACCGUUUGAAGGGAUGCUUAGCCCUGAUGUCAUCACGGAGCCUUGGUUUAUCCUGUAUCUCAUUUCUAUUUGUAAACUGCCCUAAUGGUUGCUAUACCAACAACAGUGUGCUUGGUAGCUAAGGUGUCAGAACCCCUGACCCUAGUGAAACAUAACAGUCCCUUUCAUGUCCUGUGGUGUCUGUGCUUUCUGCUGGGGUUCUUGGUAAAAGUGCAGCCAGAAAUGGCUUACUGGGUUUCUGCUGGAAACAGUAUUCAUUACUGUUCAAUGAAUGCUGGUGCAAUCUCAUCUAAACUCCAAAAGAUGGUUUGGGAAAACACAGUACAAUUAGUGAUGGCUAAAUAUAUAAUCUUUGGGACUCAGUCUAUGUAACCUUUUCUUAUAUGGGUUUUACCUGCCAGCUCAACAGUGUUAAGAGCAAAUUAUGAAAGAAUAAUUUGAUGUCUUUCAGAAACCAUAAGGUUUGUAUUCUUUGUAUUAAAUUUUGAAAUAAAUGUCUACCUAUCUUUUGGUA